AUGUCUCACCGGCGAGACUACAACAGAUUGUCUGGUGAUUCGGAGCUGAGCAUCCUCCCGAGAAAGGAUGAUGGAGCUCCUUCGUUUGAGCAGAUCAACUUGAUCCACGACGGACCAGGACCCUCGGAUCGAUCGAACCUGAACCCGAACCCUUUCCCGACGUUUCAAUAUCCCCCGCCGGCCGAGCACGAAUACAGCCCCCGACUUGGACGGAUACGAACUCCUACGUCGCCUCUCACGCUAUGGCAUUUGUUUCUUGAUGUCCUCUUUGCGCUCCCGGCGUUGGCAUUUUUAAUUUUCGCAUUCCUCGUUUUCGCCUACGAGGGGUGCCCCGUCGAUCAAGAACCCGCCGUCGCGCUUCGCUCCAUCGCCAACUACAGCCCUACAAUCUUCCCCAUUGUCUUUGCCGCUGCAGCAGUCAACUUCCUCAAGGCUCUGGCAGCAUGGAAGCUAGAGCGAGGCAUCUCGGUGCUCAGUCUCGAGUUUCUGCUCAGCAGCCGGACCGUGUUCAGCACCCUCGCGUCGCCCAUGGCCCUCAGCGCUGUUAGUGCCCUGACACCGCUUCUUUUCGCGCUAUGGGCCCUUUCUCCUCUCGGUGGCCAGGCUGCGCUUCGAGUCACCGGAUCAGCGCCAUCAUUCGAGCUGAAUCCAUGGAAAGGACGGUAUGUCGAGUUCAGAGGAGAUCUCCCAUUCCAAGAGGGCCCCGGCAGCGUGCCUCAUUCGCUCCCGGCUGUUAUCGCCACCUUUGGAGCAGCUCUGGCGAGCUCCAACGACGUCAAGACUGCCGGCCAGGAUUCAUUCGGACAUGUCAAGAUUCCCAUGAUUGAGAGUGUGUCCAAUUUUCCCGACGACGAUGGCUGGAUUGAUGUCAGCGACGGGAGUGCUCUGUACUCGUCUCUAUCAGGGCUCCCAAUCGCGUCCAACGAUCCCUUUGGGCAUCAUUCCAACUUUUCCUUCAACCUGACCACGUCGUACAUGUAUACCGACUGUAAGCUGAGCCACUUUCCAAGCAUGAACAUUUCGCUCUGGAAGCAAGCGCUGGACGUCGAGCCCAAGAAUGGGCCGUCGACCGAAGCUGACGACAAGUACCACAACGGCUUGACCAUGGUGAUUGAGGUGCUCAAGAAGUACAAUGACACAGACAAGACACCGAUGCAGCUCAAUUUUACUUCAUACACGUUCAACGCGACCACGAGCGCCAUCUGCAACCUCUCGACAUCAUACGUCGAGGUCAGCGUCAAGUGCCACAAAUCCGACUGUGGCGCGUUUCGCGUCCGAGAGAUGAAGAACGACUACGAUGCAGCGAGCACCGUUCUCAAUGGUCUAGCACCCAGCGGCGACAUGGAGUUUUACGACGAGCAGUACUGGUCUUACCUGGGGUACUUUAUCAACUCGUCAAACAUCCUCUGGGACUGGGAACCAGACAAGGAACCCUACUCAUCGCCGAUCGAGCUAUACCUCACGCAUCCCGACAUACCGUAUGCGGUGCUACCCAACGACCGCAAUUGGCGCGGCGAGGAUAUCUGGCCAGUCGGAAACAAGGUCUUUUCUGCGCGCUUCUCGCAGCUGCUGAAUAGCUUCUGGCUCGCGCAGAUCGCGCCAUUUGCGCCCAUGGGGAGAGUCAACCUGACAAUUGCCGACAGGCUCCAGAAGGAGUUGAAGACGCUGAAAUGGGAAGAUGUCGAUGGAACGAGGACCCCAGACGAGCUCGUACUAAAGGCGCAAAAACCAUGGCUUGGAACACUAAUCGUCGCGUCUUUCGUCAUGCUCUCUGUCGCGAUGGCAGCAGCGCUAUUAAACAUCCGACGCAAGGGCCCCGAUAUUCUCGACUACGCGACGAGCAUGAUAAGAGAUAACCCAUAUGUGAACGUGGAAGGGGUGGGCGAAAAGGGAAACUCUAUGGAGGACGGCGCCGACAGAACGAGGCGACUCAUGAGCAUGAAGAUGAGUUGA